AUGUCUGAUCUUCAUGAUUUGUGCAAAUUUCCUUUCCGUCCAAUCACUUCAAAGUCUUUGGAUGAAUUGAAGUACUAUUUGAAGGCCGGAAUCCCGGCCACCUAUACAAUUGAGGAAGCAUAUAACUUCACUAAUGGCAUCGAAGAAGGUGGAGCUACUUCGACCACUACUCCGCUUCAUCUUAUAGCGACUCACGUUCCAAAAGACCUCUCAGAGGCUGAAAUGGAUAUCGUCAACGAUAUGGUAAGAACGCUUUUUGAGUAUGGAGCCGGAUGGUGUCUUACUGACGUGAACAACGACACUCCUGGAUGUAUCUUGAUAAAGAGAGAAUUGAAGGACACUCCGUUGUAUGAUCAAAUUGUUGAUGCCGGUGUCCGUGCGGAACUUUUAUUGAGAAAGGUGAGUGAGUUCGACAUGGAGGUCCUCAGUGAUGAUGAGAUUCCUGACCUCGUCGGCGAGGGGGAAAGUAGUGUGUCGGUUGAAGAGGAGGCCGGUAAGAAUGACGGCAAGUCUGGAAACAAUGAUGUCCUAGAAAACGCCACAGAUGAAGUAAUUGAAGAAUCGCAAGAUCCAUCUUUCAACCAAAAGGCGUAUCUCGAAUCCAAACUAGAAUACAAGAACGAUGCUUUGGUCACUGAGAAUGGAAAAGAUGGCGUCAUGAUGUCGUGGGAAACUGAUUUAAUGAAAAUUGGUAGCGAGUCCCUCUUUGCCACUGCUGAUGAUCCAGAAAAUGUGAACAUCCUCAAUAUAGGGUUCGGGAUGGGUAUUAUUGAUACAAUGAUAAGUGCCAAAACCCCUACAAAACAUUACAUCUGCGAGGCUCAUCCCGACGUUCUCGCCAAGAUGAAGGAAGAUGGUUGGUACUCUAAGCCCAAUGUGGUAAUUCUUGAAGGCCGCUGGCAAGAUCUGCUAAACAACGUUCUUAGUUCCGGCCAAGUUUACUUCGACGGAAUCUAUUAUGACACUUUCUCUGAACAUUACGAAGAUAUGCUCGAACUUUUUGACUUUGUUGUUGGCCUCCUCAAGCCAAGUGGUGUCUUCUCUUUCUUUAACGGGCUUGGAGCCGACAGACAGGUCAUUUACGAAGUGUACAAGAAGUUGGUCGAGAUCGAUCUCGGUAACUACGGUAUGAAGUUACAAUUCAAGGAAGUUACUCUCAACAAUAAUAAUGAUAAUGAUGAUGAUGAUGAUGAUGAUGAUGAUGAUGAUGAUGAUGAUGAUGAUGAUGAUGAUGAUGAUGAUGAUAAACCAACGAGAAAGUCAAAACGAGACUAA